CCGGAGGCCUAGUAGUCGCGCGCCUGUUGGGAGAAUGGUGGGGCGGCGGCGGCGGAGCCGGCUCCUCCUCCCGCCGCCGCUGCUGCUGCUGCCGGCCCUCCUCCUCCUCCUCGGCUUCCUGCUGCCGGGAGCAUCGGCCCAGCGUGUGCAUCAUACUUUUGACAAUAUUAAAGAAAUGCAGAUUGCUCUGAACCCAACUAUGACUGUGCAGAUUUCAUCAGAGACAGCAGACAAUCUUCAAGCUCUAGAACCUUCUCAUAUAUUUGAAGUGGAAACAACAAACGAAGAAGAGAAGACUUUGAAUAACCUUGUAGGCCUUUUGCAAGAUAUGGUGAAAAAUAUUCCAACAGCGCAAGCACAAACACCAAAACCAACAGAAACAGCAACUAUCAUACUAUCCCACCAAGAGCCUUCCCUCCCAGAGCCUUCUCCAUCUGAAGCAGUUUUGCUAAACUUGAAUCCAAAGACUGAGGGAAUACAAGUAGAGUCAUUGGAAACAGUUGUCCUGACCAAUGAAAAUACCCCAACUACCUCAACAGCAUUUUGGGAGCUCCGAAAUGAUGCAGGUGCAUCAGUCAUUUUACAUUCUGAUACAGCCACUUCAGAAGGAAAUACUGAAGAACAAACAAGUGUAUUUUAUUCUGCUGAAACUACUCCAGAUCAAUCACUGGUCAGUAUGUCAUUUUUGUUGGAAACGGAUACUACCACGCAAAAAGCUAUGACUUUUGAUCAGCUAACAAAUGGAGCUUUGGCAAGUCUGGUGGAGUCUCUAAGGAAUGUGAGAAAAAUGCAUGUGGAACUAACUCAUACCAGUAAUGAACCAAAACACAGUGAAAUUGCUGUGACACAAUCCCCAGAGAAGUCUGUAAGUGCAGAAAUCUUGGAGUUGAUUGACAGACUCAUUGAAACCAUUAAGAAUGCACCUUCCGCAGUUAUAGAAGAUCCAGCUCUCAGUACCUAUCUUGAAAAAGCAGAGAGCUACCUAAAAAGUGCUCUGGAACUAGCAGGAGAAGCAGAGAAGAGGUUGAAAAAGGGAAAAGCAGAGUCGGUGGUGGAAGUAGUGAUUCCUUCCACAGAGUCUGAGAAUGUGACAGUGGUGAUUCCUUCAAUGGAGGCCGAGAACGCGACAGUGGGGAUUCCUCCCUCAGAGUCCGAGAAGGUGACAGUGGUGAUUCCUGCCUCAGAGUCUGAGAACGUGACAAUGGUGAUUCCUCACACAGAGCCUGAAAAAGUGACAGUGGUGAUUCCUCACACAGAGCCUGAAAAGAAGGUGGAAGUGCAGGGGCCUCCCUUAGGCCAGGAGUGGGUGGAGACAGAGAAGAAUGUGGAAGUGGUACUUCCUCCCUUGCCAUCAGAAACUGUGCCCGUAUCAACAGUGGCAGUCCAGUUGUCUCCAUCUCCACCUGAGUCUGUAGCAGAAAAGGCAGAAGAGGCACAAGUGGAAAUGGGGAAGUUAAAAGCAUUCAUUAACUGCUAUAUUUUUAGUCCCCACCUAACUGCAUAUGCACAGAAUUCGGCUAAUAAAAAAGUUGGUGAGGACAUUGUUGAUAGAGCAAUGGCAGUCCUUCAUGCCAUAAAAAGCAUUUUCUGUGGAGAUCCUGAAGGGCAAAGCAAACUGAUGUUGCAGCAGUUGUUAAAGGAAGACAUGGAGCUUGUAAGACAAGCCAUGAAGGAAAAAAGAAUCUCUUAAGAAGACACAUUUGUUUCUUGGUUAGGGUAGAUAUUUUCAUCCAAGUUAUGUAUCACUAGAAAUCAGUUUUGUUGUUUGUAACAGCCAUUUACAUAUAUAUCCAUCGUUUGUAGCC